AUGAUGAUGGACAUUGAUCCCAGCAUCUUUGGCGACGUCGACGACGACAGCGACCUUUUCGACAAGAUCCCGCUUGCCAGUGCUGCCGAGCGAGCCAGCUACGAUGUCGCCAAGGAGACCGAGAUCCUCUAUCAACUGCAUGCAGAGGUUCAGCGAAACAAAGUAGGUGUCAGCAGUGCCGCCAUCCGCGGGGAUCUCCCGCAACCUUUGCCUGGUAGCGACGAUCUCUUCAACCUGGGCUACAAGUGGUGGAGAAUGACCGGCGGUUGGGAUAACGUCGACAAGUCGAUCCGCAACAAGUACUCCAACGAGUUCAUCGGAGCUGUAAACCUUGUGCAGAACCUCAUUCCUGUCUUCAACACGCUCGCUAGGGAGGCCAGAAAACAGAACGCCGCCAAGAAAGCUCGUGACGCUGCCGCCGCCGCCACCGCCGCCACCGCCGCUAGCAGCACGCCUGCUUCUGCCGCUCCGAAGCGCGAGGGGCCCUUUGAUGUCGUCAACGCCACCGAGUCACUCUUCAAAGUGGCCGAGCGAACGAUUGUCACUACCACCGCAGCUCCUGGCGAAAUCGAGUUGCUGUUCUGCAAGCUCGCCGAGAUCUGGUGGGAGGAAACCGGCGGACCAAAGCAAGUUGACCAACGCAUCAUGCGUGGCUAUCCUACCUGGUUCAUCGGCAAGCUUGAGAUGUUCAAACACCAGCAAGAUGCUAAGGAGUACCGCGCGCCCGCGACUGGCCCCGAUCCCUCCUCCAAGGCGACCAAAGUCUACAACGUCGAAGAAGAGACCCAGGCCCUGUUCGAGAAGGCCAAAGUGCGCUUCCCAAAUGCCCCUCAAGGCAUGGAUGACAAGUGCCCUUCGUUCCAGCUCGCCAUGGAGUUUGGCUGUCAGCUGCUAUACUGGUGCGAGAUGACCGGCGGCUGGGACAACAUCAAUGGCAGCAUUCGUCAGCGCUACCCCAAGUGGUUCGUCGACUAUGCGGCCGAGAUCAAUGCCAAGCUGCCCGCUACCAAGCUCGAGGCGUUUGAGGGCUGGGCCAAUCGCGUCGUGAUCAAGUAA